UCUGUCAACCAACAACAGCGGAAACCAGGGGAGCGGCUGACAGCCAGCCGAUUCAAGUUAACGUUACCCAGAUAUUCAGUGGCAGUCAUCGGGAGUUUGGCUAGUGAAUCCACAAUUCCAGUAUAUAAUGGAGCUGUGUGAAAUAUUGUACAACAAGGCAGAAUAUAUAGAGACGGCAUCGGGUAAUAAGGUUAGUCGGCAGUCGGUACUCUGUGGGAGUCAGAACAUCGUGCUUAAUGGAAAAACCAUUGUUAUGAAUGACUGCAUUAUCAGAGGCGAUCUGGCAAAUGUCAGGGUGGGAAGACACUGUGUCAUAAAGAGUCGGAGUGUGAUUCGUCCACCCUUUAAAAAGUUCAGCAAGGGAGUGGCAUUCUUCCCACUGCACAUUGGGGACCAUGUGUUCAUAGAAGAAGACUGUGUUGUUAAUGCAGCUCAGAUAGGAUCCUAUGUCCACAUUGGAAAGAACUGUGUCAUUGGUCGUCGCUGUGUUCUGAAGGAUUGCUGUAAAAUUUUGGAUAACACAGUCCUGCCUCCUGAGACCGUGGUUCCUCCCUUUACAGUCUUCUCUGGUUGUCCAGGCCUGUUUUCAAAUGAGCUCCCAGAGUGCACGCAAGAGCUGAUGAUUGACGUCACCAAAAGCUACUACCAGAAGUUCCUCCCUCUCAGCCAGAUCUAACACUCCUGGGUCAAUCUCCCACGGACCAAAAGAGAAAGGACUGGCGGCCCCAUCUUCACAAAGGUUCUCCAAGUAGGAGAGUAUAGAUGAAGGAUCAGUUUUCAGCUGUAGUUUGAAUGGAAACUGACAGAGGAAAUGGACCUAUGAAGGAUCUUUAUGACUAUGGGUCCACGUAUUUGAUAGGACUAGAAAUGCAUCUCUCAGGGUGGUGCAGACCUUAGGCCACCUGCUCGUUAUAAACAGUGAAUAUUCUAGUCCUUCACCAUUAAUUAAAGUCCUUAACUAUAUACAUGCCUUGAAUACCUUGUCAAUACUCAUCAAAAUAUGUUGUCAGAAUCAGAAGCUUUAUAGCGUGUGUUCACUGAUCAGCUAGGUUUUUCCAUUGUCAGUGAGUUUUCAGUUCCUCCCUCUGAAUCCUGAGAGUUGUCUCUGAGCCCUCUCUGUAUGUGGCAUCAUUGUUCCGUGCCUCUGUGCCUCAUCUGUUAGUUGAGGUUAGUGGCGAGAGGGGCCUUGGGUAUUGGAAGCAGAUCACAAGACAAGCCAUGUCACAUGAAAAACAACAUGACCGGUUUAGUUUGCUUUCCUGGCCUAUUAUUUAUUGUAUGUGUAACUGGUCUGCACUUGCAACACUAAAAUACUUCUUGCGAGCGGCAUUUUCAGAUUCACAUGGUUGCUAAUAAAUGCAUUUUUUUUAUUGUCUCA